CUCCCUCCCUCCCUCGCUCGCUCUCUCGCCGUUGCGGCGCGGCUGGAGCCUCUGCCGCAGUGAGGGGAGCGGGGCCCAGCCCGGAGCCGGCGGCAGCGGCGUGCCCGAGGCGUGCCCCAGGGGCGGCGGCGGCGACGCCGAACAGGCACAGCGAGGCCGGGUCUCGGAGGAUUCAGCUGCGGGGGAGACGCCUGACGCCCACCCACCGCCAUGGGAAAUGAGGCAAGCUACCCUUUGGAAAUGUGCUCGCACUUUGAUGCUGAUGAAAUAAAACGACUAGGAAAGAGAUUUAAGAAACUUGAUCUGGACAACUCUGGUUCCUUGAGUGUGGAAGAGUUCAUGUCUUUACCUGAAUUGCAACAAAACCCAUUAGUACAGCGAGUAAUAGAUAUAUUUGACACAGAUGGAAAUGGAGAAGUGGACUUCAAAGAAUUUAUAGAAGGAGUCUCCCAGUUCAGUGUCAAAGGAGAUAAGGAACAGAAGUUAAGGUUUGCUUUUCGCAUUUACGAUAUGGACAAAGAUGGUUAUAUCUCAAAUGGAGAGCUCUUCCAGGUCCUGAAGAUGAUGGUUGGGAACAAUCUCAAAGACACUCAGUUACAGCAAAUUGUAGAUAAAACCAUUAUUAAUGCAGAUAAGGAUGGUGAUGGAAGGAUAUCCUUUGAAGAAUUCUGUGCUGUUGUAGGAGGCCUAGAUAUCCACAAAAAGAUGGUCGUAGACGUGUGACUCUGUCGGGCACCACCCAACACUUUUGCUUUCUUCUCCAUCUCUGAAGAUCUGCUCAAGACGUCCAGCAAUGCUCUCUGUGUAUUUAAAUGGAAGUAUUUUUCUCUGUGAAGCCACAUUUUCCAACAUGAGCCUCAUGAAGCCAACUAAGUGUUAUUGAACUUUUAUUCUCUCAAUAACUCGGUGUAGCACUUUAAAGUCUGAAGGACAGCAAAGAUGGAAAGAGCAUAUCAGUGUGGUGGAGAAAGGGAAGGGGUUGGCUUUUUAAUUUAUUUUUCUUCAUCUUUUAUAACAAGGAAAUAUCUAUCUAUAUAUAUAUGUGUGUGUGUAUUUAUAUAUAGAUAUAUAUGUAGCUUUCUAUAUGUAGUAGCUAGGUGGGCUUUAAUUUAAUAUACUUGAUUCAGAAACAAAACUAGAGUACAAAGUGCCAAGCAGAAUAUUAACAGUUCAAUAUAUGGAUAUACAUCCUUACUUUUAUUUCACACAGUUUUAUAUAUAUAGUAGAAGAAUGUAAAAUUUUAAAUGGGUGUUAGGUCAACUCUUUUCCUGUUCCUGUGACAGUUCAGAUGUUUCUAUAUAUUGAAUGGCUGACAAAGCAUUGCUUCUUAUUAAUUCACCUUAAUUACUUUUUUUUUGUAACACAGGAAACUAAGUUUAUUUAUACCUGUUAAUAUAUUACCAGGGACUGUGUCUCUUUGCUAAAUAACUUAGUACAGUUCUACUUAGUAUGAGAAUAUAGUUUAAUGCUACUGCCAAGAACUAGCCCUCACAUGCAUGUAGUAGCUGCAGAAUGCUUUGACGGCUGUGAGAUUUCAUAAGCUAGGAGUGCAGAGCAGUUACAGCUGUCCUGAAGUUAAGGCCAAUCUGCUGUUCUGGAUUCAUUUUAGAUAUGGCUGCUCAAGAUGUUAGAUGCAUUCACAAUUUUCUCUUGUGCUUAUCUUAAUGAAAUUAGGAUUGACAUAACUGUGCAGGAUUCCCAUCUACUUAUUUUAUACAGUACUUAGAUUACAAAAUGUUCUUGCCAUUUAAAUUCUGUUGUUUCAAUCAUCAUAGUUUCCCCUCUGCAUUUAAAUACUACUACAGGUAGCAUAAAUAACUGGUAAUAUUUUAUAUAUAUAUAUGUAUAUAAGAUUCAUACAGGGGGAAAAUCUUGUUAACCUAUGCCAUAGAGGAGGAAAGCUUCACACUAUCUAAAUUUAUACCUCUUGCAGUUCUCCAGUCCUUUGCCUGGAGAAUUUUUUUUUUUAGAGUUGUCCAUAUCAUAAUUUGUAACGGAUGGUAACUUGAUAUAUUUGUGUGAUAUAAAAGUAGCGAGCCAUGUUUUACAACUUUAUAUCAUCCCUUCCCUUUUCUGCAAUGGUACUAUUGGCUGGAAGAAAAAUAUUUGCUAGAUUUUUUUUAGGACAGUACAUCUUUCUUGUAUAGUAGUUUUUCUAUUAAAAAAAUUAUUUUAUAAUCAGCAGUGGAAAGUGCAGGUUGUCUGAACCUACUUCAGUCGAGCACCUGUCUGCCAUAGCUGUUCCUUCAACUGAGUGCUGCACAUCAUGGGCUCUGUCUGUGAGAGAGAAAUCCAGGUGCUUGGUGUCCUUGCAUGACAUGAAGUUUUGCAUGUAGAUCGAUUUGACAUGUUCCUCUUGUUUACAUAAUUUGCAUAAUUUAAAAGAUAAUGUUGCCAAACUUUGGUAAAUGUUGAUGUUCAAAACAAAAAUCUCCACUACAUGUAACUUUUCUUCCUCUGGAUCAGUACGUGGCUUAUAAUCCCAGCCAGUGGUUCUAUCUGUUCCAGUGUCAACUGCCAUGUGCUCUGCUUCAAGGGGGAACUAGUCUUUUGUGAAUUUUUUGUACAUAAGUAUUUGUUACAAACAUUUUAGCAAAUGCUUUCAAUUUCUCUUACUUGCUUGUGCAUAUCUUGGCUGGCAUUAUAGAAAUUAGUGCUGAUGUUAUUUCCUUAGGUGCAUUGGAAGGGGAGGGAUGAGGUUGGUUGUUUUGUUUUUUUUUUAGUUUGUGUGGGGAAAAAUGAUUUAUGUUGAAUGUUUAGUUUUUCCUCUGCAUGCUACAUCAUAUGUUGUGGGAACUAUAAGGACCUUCAUACUAUAUGAAUACAAAAUAAAAUCUUUAAACCUUG